AUGGCUCACCGCCACGUCCGCACACGCCGGCUUCUCGAACAACCUCGACUCUUCCGUCCCCGCAAUCGAAAAGACCUGUUGAGGUACGUCGUGGCAAAGAACAUUGCCCCAGCAGCCUCAUCAGAGCGAAUACAGCAACCUUGCGAUGGCGACCCCUACCCCAGUGUGAUGGAAGAGCUGCGAAGUCACUUCUCGAAAUCGGGAAUAUUGACCAAUAUCGGCAUCGUUGAUGUGAAAAAUCACUACAUGCUAUAUCCACGAAGCCAAGGGGAUGUUAUAAAUGGGCGGUCCCAGACCGUGGACAACCUUAUCACUGCCGCCACCCAGCGUCUGUCCGAGAUCAAAGAAGAGAUAUGGGUGUAUGAUCGAGGGUAUUGGAGCAAAAACCACAAGCUCUGGAAGAACGUGCAAGGUUGCAAGUGGAAAACGUGA